AUAUUUAAGACUAGUUUUAAGAGAUACGUUUCGUUGAAUCGCUAAAUUAAACGAUAAUUGGUUGGUUAAUUAUAAAAUCAUUAACAAAAUACUGAACCGAUGAUAAUUCUUCAGUAAUUACAAUGUUGACGUAGCAGAAUUAUUACGCUAGUCUCAGUACAAGGAAAAUUGUGUUAUGAAUCAAAGACGACUGGCUUAAGUCAUUUUGUCAAUAGAUUUAUUGGUUUUGAACACGCCGAAUGAAGUGGACGGCUACAGUUAAUUAAUUAAAUAGAAAUGACAAAGUUUGCUCUCGUAAUUUUGGGUUCGGCGUUGUUACUUUGUUUUAUUCGAAGCGAAGUUGUAAAACGCUCGACACUCACAUGUGAAGCCAACGAAAUGUCUGUGGAAUGCUCGUUUUGCGGUCCGAAAACUUGCGAGGACCUUGGAACAGCGGUGCCUUGUAGUGGAGCCACUGGGGUCUGCAGGCCAGCGUGCGUAUGCGUCGAUGCCUACGUCAGAGAUACGAACGAAACUUGCAUACUAAAGACCGAGUGCCCAAGUUGCGGAGGAGACUUCAACGCCACAACUGGUUGCGGCAACCACUGCGGCAACUCAUGUUCCGAUUACAAAGAAGUUAACAAAACAUGUCUGACGGGUUGCAAAUAUAACAGUUGUAGUUGCAGAGAUGGUUAUGUUUAUCAUGACAAGUUGCAGUUUUGCGUAUUACCUGUUGAUUGUUGAACUUUUCAAAUAUACCUGGACAUUGAAGUUGAUUAAGGAUAAAACAACUACCGUGAACAAAAUAGCUAUUAAGAAUAAAACCAAAAUGACUGUUAUAUUUAUUAAUUUCUUACCAAGAUAAAAUUGAUUGAAUGAAUUGAAAAAAAAAAAAUCAAUUGAUAAAACAAAAUAUGCAUUGAUACAGUAAACUUUUAUACAUAAUUUUAUUAAAUAAAUAGUUUUAUUCGUCAGGUAUCGAGUAAGAAUUACAGAUAUGGACAGAUAAAAUAACAGCGGAAUCCAUGAUAUUACAUAGUUGCGGAGAGAACUAAAAAUAAAUUCGUCUGGAACUUUACCUACAUUGAAAUAGCGGCUAGAAUGUAAAUUAAAAUAUAAAUCUUUGUAGAUGGUUUUUCAUCAUCAUUAUUUUAUUACUAAGAAACUUCCAGAAGAAAUUUCGAUCUUGGGGUUAUCAAAUAUUAUUACAAACAAAAUUACUGGCACUUAAUCAACAAAUUGAUAAUGACGGAACUAAGUUCAGUGCCUCUUCUCUGGUGCGCGACAACAGUAGCUAAUGACGCUAUAGUGAUUUCAAUAAAAUAUUUUACAAAA